GGCGCCCCACACCGAAGCCCGAAGUCCGCAGCCCGCAGCCGCCCUCCCUCUUCUCCUCUCAGGCGACGACUCGCCGAGUCGCCGGCUCGGCUGUCGGCUCUCGCCGCCCCAGGCCGAAACCUAUCUCGCCGCGCCACCAGGGGAGAACACCCCCUCCAGGAAUCGGCCGAAACCCAGUCACCCAGCGCACCGCACACCUCGUUUCUCCUUCUCCCCCCGAACCACGCAAGCCCUCGGGCGAGCAGGGAUAUCGCGGACCGCGAUCCCGUCUCGCUGCCGGCGGCCGGCUGCGGGGGUCGCGCUGUCACCCCUCGGGAAGAUCUCGGGAGAGCCGUUCGCCCCGUCACCCCGUCGGGCCCUCCUCGCCGCGUGACGGGAUCGACCCACCCCGGCCCGUCUGCUGUCACCGUCCCGCGGCCGUCCAGAUCCCGCAGCGUCCUGCCACCCUCAGGGCUGUGCUCAUAACUUUGGGCCUAAAGUUUUUGUCUUGAAUGGCAACAUCUUUGGAUGUUCCACUGGAUGAUUUAAUUAAAAGCAGAAAUGGGAGGGGAAGGGGAAGAGGCAGGGGACAAGGAGGGGGUCGAGGCAGAAGUGACGGCCAAAGAUUGACUCGUGGCUCAUGGCGUGGGCGUGGUACUGGCACCUUCCGUGGAAGGGGACUUGGGGUGCCUUCGCGAAGGCCACUUGGUGUUAAUAUUCGGUCUUCAUCCUUUGCUAUUGCCAAGGCCAUAUCUGCUACCUUUAUACUGUGGAGCUUCAAAGAGGAUCCAAUGGAUUUCUCGUUUCGAAGUACCAGAGGACUGGCCCUUUUCUGCUGAGUAUUGGUGGCGAGAUAUAUGUUGGGUUUUGCUGGUUAAUGCUUCAAAGUUCAAACUGAAAACAUUGUGUCCACUUGUUGUCAGCAUGCUGAUGGGCCACAUAUUAAUCUGUGGAUAAGGCCUUUGAUUAACAGAAAUAGCACCAUUCUAGGCAAAUGGUUUAGGGUUUUAUGAUUUUACUGAUGCUAUUUGCCUCAUCAAGUACCAUGGAUUGAUGAGUUUUGUGAUUUUAUGCUAAUACUUUCUCGUCACAAUCUGGACAUGCAUGAAUGGAAUAUCAGUCAUUCAAUAAAGCAAAGGAUUUUGUUUGGAGACAUGAUUUGUUUGAGGAUAGCAUGGUGGCAGCUGGGCUUUCUGGGAUAGAAUCUGGUACAAAACUGUACAUUUCAAACUUGCACUAUGGAGUGACAAAGGAAGAUAUACAGGAGCUUUUUUCAGAAAUGGGUCAUUUGAAGCACUGUGCUGUUCACUACAACAAUAAUAGACACCCAACUGGUUCUGCCGAGGUGAUAUUUACCAGGAGAAGCGAAGCUCUUGCUGCGCUGAAACGAUAUAAUAAUGUGCGCCUUGAUGGGAAGGCAAUGAAGAUUGAAGUGAUAGGAGCAGAUUUAGGUAUAUCUGCUGCUGUUGCUGCACCCUGGAUUAGUGUUGUUCCGGGUGCAAGGGGAAGAGGACAGAGAGAAGUUGUAAUGAUGCCUGGUGGAAGUGGGUUUGGUCGAGGUGCAGCUGGCUCAUCUAGUUUGCUUCCCGGGUGGAAGCGUGGAGGUUUUGCUCAAAGAGGGGGAGGUCAAGUGCUCGGAGGUUUUACCCAAAGAGGAGGACAAGUGCAUGGACGCCGGCGUGGCCGUGGGCAUAGUAGCUUUGGUCAAGGCCGUGGACGUGGCUAUGUGCGAAAGGGAAACGUGGAGAAAUCAGCUGAACAAUUGGACAAGGAGCUUGACAACUACCAUUCUGGUGCGAUGAAUGUUGACUAAGAUGGUGCAUCCACCAUCCAGUCACCUUGAAGUUGGAUGUAUGUUGAACAUAAGCUUGGUAUUCUGUCAGGUGUGCGCAUGUCUGACUGCUUUCGUUGUCUAGCUGGAAGAUUAGAUUUCACCUGCGAUUUCGUGUUUGAUGUUUGUCCUAUGGAUGAUACCAUAAUUGGCUUGUGACAGAAUGAUGAAUCGUGUUUUUCAACCAAUUGUAGGGUUUUCUGUUACGUGUUUUCAUAUUUUCUAUAAUUCCUACUGUUGUAUUCAGUCUGGUAAAAUUUGCUGGAGCUCAGAAUUUUUAAUGGGCAUCAGCAAAAAUGUUUAGAGACA